AUGGCUAAGCGCAACAUCGCCGAGACGCUCCGCCUGUACCCUGCCGCGCCCUUACUCACCGAUCACGAGUCGUCCGCGGACUGCAAGGUCGGCGGCUACGACGUCCCGCGCGGCACGGCGCUGCUGGUGAACGUGUACGCGAUCCACAGGGACCCGGCUGUGUGGGAGGAGCGCAGGCUCGUGCCGGAGCGAUUCGAGGGCGGGAAAGCCGAGGGGCUGUUCAUGGCGCCGUUGGGGAUGGGGCGGCGCAAGUGUCCGGAGAGGCGCUCGCGCUGCAGACGGUUGGGGUGGCGCUGGGGGUCCCUGAUCCAGUGCUUCCACUGGAGCAGAGUCGACGGCGUGGAGGUUGACAUGAGCGAAGGCAGCGGACUCACCAUGCCCAAGGCUGUUCCACUGGAGGCUUAG